UCCGAACUUUGAACUGUGGUCCCCGUGUUCAAUGAAAGAAGGAAGCAGCGCUGAGCUAACCCUCCAUUAUCGGUUCACUGCACGUCGCCACUAGCAGCUGAGGAACUCCACUGAAAAUGACAGACUUACAAGCUAACUUUGAUGUGGCCGCAGCUGAAGUAAAGCAGCUGAAGGCGAAACCAUCUGAUGAGGAGAUGCUGCUGCUCUACUCCUUGUUUAAGCAAGCCACCGUGGGAGAUGUUAACACAGCUCGUCCUGGAAUGCUUGAUUUUACUGGAAAAGCUAAGUGGGAUGCCUGGGAGAAGCAGAAAGGCAAAAGCAAAGAGGAUUCCAUGAAAGAGUACAUCAAGCUGGUAGAAGAGCUAAAGCAGAAGCAUGGAAUCUAAUCACUGCCAGCGAGUCAGGACAGCUGCUGCACAGAUUUGGACUCUUCCAAUUAACCUGUUUAAACACCCUUUUAAUAAAGCCGAGGAUCCUCUUCUUAUAAUGGUUAACGUCGGUAACAUGAAGGUCUCUUAAUGUUGCAGUGCUGGUUAGAAAUCGCCUUCAACUUGCUUUUUAGUGUUAUUAUAAUGUCCAUUGUCAUUUCAAAAUGAAAUAACUGCACUUAAAACAUGUGUUGUGUACACCCAGACUCUAAUGUUUCUACUGUCCAGGCCAGCUAACAGCAUUGCCUGGGCCUGAAAACGAUUGUUUUAUAUGGGCUCUCACCAAUGCAUUAUACUGCUAAUGGACAAAUUAAUCUGUCUUUCUCAAUUAAAGACAUGGUUUAAUUGUCUUUAAACCAUGUCCAUAAUGGUUAUCAAUGGCAUGAAGUUCUAAUGUUGCAAUGCAGAAACUGUCUUCAGUUUGCUUUUUAGUAUCUUUACAAUGUCCAUUGUAAUUUCAAAAUAAAAUAACUCCUUAAAAUGUG